AGAACAUAGAAGUAUGUGUGAAAUUGUGUAUGACAUAUGUGUAGUCUCAUAUCGAAUAAAAUAGUUUAACGCAUUAGCUCGCAUUAAAAGCAGUGUUUUUCCUUUUUGAUAUUUAAAAAUACAUGCAUUAUGAUUACUUUACUGUCUUGACCAUAAGCGCUAUCAUAAAUUUGCAUAGUUUGUGAGUUAUUUCGGUGACCAGUGACAUUAGAGUGAAGUGCCUAAUUUGAACAUGGAGGCUGUAGCAAAACACGAUUUCACUGCGACUGCUGAUGAUGAGCUCAGUUUUAAGAAGAAUCAAGUCCUUAAAAUACUUAACAUGGAGGACGAUAUGAAUUGGUAUAGGGCUGAAUUGGACGGAAAAGAAGGUCUUAUACCUAGUAACUAUAUUCAAAUGAAAAGUCAUAGUUGGUAUUAUGGUAGAAUAACAAGAGCAGAUGCUGAAAAAUUGUUAGCAAAUAAACCUGAGGGUGGUUUUCUCAUAAGGAUCAGUGAAUCAAGCCCCGGUGACUUUUCCUUAUCAGUAAAAUGUCCAGACGGCGUUCAACACUUCAAGGUCCUCCGUGACGCGUCCAGCAAAUUUUUCCUAUGGGUGGUGAAGUUCAACUCGUUGAAUGAGCUCGUGGACUACCACCGCACGGCGUCAGUCAGCCGUCUUCAAGAUGUAAAACUUCGAGAUGUAGUGCCCGAAGAGAUGCUGGUGCAAGCUCUGUACGACUUCACUCCACAAGAAGCGGGCGAGCUGGAAUUCAGGCGCGGUGACGUCAUCACGGUCACUGACCGCUCCGACCAACACUGGUGGCAGGGCGAGAUCGCGCACCGUCGCGGGCUGUUCCCGGCGUCGUACGUCACCGCCUACCACUCGUAG